ACUUCGGUAGCUUCACAGUUCAAGUUAUUACAAGAACCCAAAACAACUCAAAUCAUUCACAAUGAAAUCCUUCGUUUGCAUUGCUCUCUUCGCCGCCAUCUUCAGCGUUGCCUUGGCUGGUACAGCCGUAUCCGGUGUUCAGGAGGCAGAAGCCGAACAAGGUGUACAAGGUGCCUACGAAUUGAGCCGUUUCCGUAAGUCGGCUUAUGGUGGUGGCGCCGCCGCUAGCAUUCCAGCACCUCCUUGCCCAAAGAACUACCUCUUCAGCUGUCAACCUAACUUGGCGCCAGUCGCUUGUGCCGCUCCAGCUGCUCCAUCAUACGGCUCAGCCGGUGCUUACUCAGCGCCCAUCCCAACUUAUGUGGCUCCUAUUCCCUCUGGCUAUGCUGGUGUGGGCUACAACCCACAAUUCUAUCAAUAUUGAGGAAACGAUGUGAAUCUUGAAUUGGCCAUGGACUUGCGAUAACUUGCGAAUUGGAGGGAGUACAAGUGGAAUUAGUCAUUUAGUUGUAUUUAUAAAUCAUUUUAGGCGAAAAAAUAAUAAAAAAAAUUAAGAUUUUUUAACGAAAAA